AUGGCGGCGCCGCCGCAGCCGGCGGGAGGCGGCGGGGCGGGCUCCGGGGACGCCGCGGGAGCCGCGGGUGGCGCCGGAGGGGGGGGCGGCGCGGGCGGGGGCGGCGGCGGCGCGGCCGGGCCCGCGGCGGGGUCGGGGCAGGGGGGCGGCGCGGCCGCGGGCGAGUCGUGGUACCUGGCGCUGCUGGGCCUGGCCGAGCAUUUCCGCACGUCCAGCCCGCCCAAGGUGCGGCUCUGCGUGCACUGCCUGCAGGCCGUGCUGCCCCGCAAGCCCCCCGCCAGGAUGGAGGCCCGCACGCACCUCCAGCUCGGCUCCGUCCUCUACCACCACACCCGCAACGGCGACCAGGCCCGCGGGCACCUGGAGAAGGCGUGGCUGAUAUCCCAGCAGAUCCCGCAGUUUGAGGACGUGAAGUUCGAGGCAGCCAGUUUGCUGUCGGAGCUGUACUGCCAGGAGAAUUCCGUGGACACGGCGAAGCCGCUGCUGCGCAAGGCCAUCCAGAUCUCCCAGCAGACUCCCUACUGGCACUGCCGCCUGCUCUUCCAGCUGGCACAACUCCACACCCUGGAGAAGGACUUGGUGUCAGCGUGUGACCUGCUGGGGGUGGGAGCAGAGUACGCCAGGGUGGUGGGCUCCGAGUACACCAGAGCACUGUUCCUGCUCAGCAAGGGGAUGCUGCUCCUGAUGGAGCGGAAGCUGCAGGAGGUUCACCCUCUGCUGACCCUCUGCGGGCAGAUCGUGGAGAACUGGCAGGGGAACCCCAUCCAGAAGGAAUCCCUGCGCGUCUUCUUCCUGGUGCUGCAGGUCACGCACUACCUGGACGCUGGGCAGGUGAAGAGCGUCAAGCCCUGCCUGAAGCAGCUCCAGCAGUGCAUCCAGACCAUCUCCACGCUGCACGACGACGAGAUCCUGCCCAGCAACCCCGCUGACCUCUUCCACUGGCUGCCCAAGGAGCACAUGUGUGUGCUGGUCUACCUGGUGACAGUGAUGCAUUCCAUGCAGGCAGGGUACCUGGAGAAGGCCCAGAAGUACACGGACAAAGCCCUCAUGCAGCUGGAGAAGCUCAAAAUGCUGGACUGCAGCCCUAUCCUGUCCUCAUUCCAAGUUAUUUUGUUGGAGCACAUCAUCAUGUGCCGGCUGGUCACAGGGCACAAAGCCACGGCCCUGCAGGAGAUCUCCCAGGUGUGCCAGCUGUGCCAGCAGUCACCCAGGCUCUUCUCCAACCACGCUGCCCAGCUCCACACGCUCCUGGGCCUCUACUGCAUCUCUGUUAACUGCAUGGACAAUGCAGAAGCACAAUUCACUACAGCCCUCAGGCUCACCACACACCAGGAGCUCUGGGCAUUCAUCGUGACAAACCUGGCCAGCGUCUACAUCCGGGAGGGCAACAGGCACCAGGAGCUUUACAGCCUGUUGGAGAGGAUAAAUCCAGACCACAAUUUCCCCGUGAGCUCCCACUGUCUCCGAGCAGCAGCUUUUUACAUCCGAGGGCUCUUCUCCUUCUUCCAGGGAAGAUACAACGAGGCAAAGCGGUUCCUGAGGGAGACCCUGAAGAUGUCCAAUGCAGAGGACCUGAACCGCCUGACAGCCUGUUCCCUGGUGCUCCUGGGGCACAUCUUCUACGUGCUGGGGAACCACAGGGAAAGCAACAACAUGGUGGUCCCGGCCAUGCAGUUGGCCAGCAAGAUCCCAGACAUGUCUGUGCAGCUCUGGUCCUCAGCCCUGCUCAGAGACCUCAACAAGGCCUGUGGGAACGCCAUGGACGCUCACGAGGCGGCUCAGAUGCACCAGAACUUCUCCCAGCAGCUGCUGCAGGACCACAUCGAGGCCUGCAGCCUCCCUGAGCACAACCUGAUCACGUGGACAGAUGGACCCCCCCCCGUCCAGUUCCAGGCCCAGAACGGCCCCACCACCAGCCUGGCCAGUCUCCUGUGAAACACAGUAACUAUCAGGACAAAACUUAACCAAACCAAGCCAAAAACAAAAGAAAACAAAAAAACAAAACAAA